AGCUGUGUGUGGUGUGUGGCAGGCUCUCUCUAGACUCGCGGCUUGCCAGGCUCGGCUCUCUCAGUGGUCUCUCUAAACUGGUCGGUAGGGGACGCACGCCGCCCUCACUCCGUCUCUCACCACACACAAACACCACCACCACCACUACCAUUACUACUACUACUACUACUACUAAUAUCACCACCACUCCUACUACUGCUACUACUAUUACUACUACAACCUCGUAUUACACACACAGACACACACACACACACACUCACACUACGUAAUCUCGUGUGUAUACAUAUCUCUCUCGCGCGCACACACACACACACACACACACACAAUAAGUGCUUUCGUUCACCGCCCCGAAAUACUAAUCCGUGUGACGUUCAACUGACAGUACCUGAAGGAGAGAUAGAGGAACAGACAGGUGCAUACAGGUGUGUUCAUAUACAGGUGCGUUUAUGACAAUCGAGUGACAGUACGAGUACCUGGUGAUUAACUGGUGAUUUCUUGUGAGUCACCUUGGCGUCAUCUGUGAGUCACGUUUGAAUUGCUUUUGGGUCAAUUUUGGGUUAUCUCGUCUCCUUCGCCUUCGCCGGGCAUAUUCUCGCCCUUCCCAGCACGCCGCAAGAGGGGGCUGCUUAGUUGUGGCUCUGACGUGGCCCUGACAGGAGGCGACCCCGUGAUGCUGCUGACGGAGACCUGCUGAAGGGCUGAACGUACAUGUAUGACGCACGUUAGUGAGGGUCCCCUACUGCCCACCUCCACCACCACUACUACUACCACCACCACCACAACCGCCCCCCGCCCCGCCUCGCAGGUUGGGGGGGCGCGUGAUGGCCGCGGGGGGUCGCCUGAGGUGUGGUGGGCGGGAUUCAGCCACAGUGCUGCCUUGCCUCACAGAGGUGUGGCGUGGCGGCGGCAUGAGGUUUAACAAGGCGGAGCUGGCGUGUCUGGCGGCGCACCCCUCCCACCAGUUCGACAAGGAGGGCGUCCUGCUCCUGCGGGAGAGACACGACGGCUUCUUCAGGAGAACGGAAGGCUUGGAUGGAGUUAAGGCCAGGAAGAAGAAAACCCCUUUGAGAGAUCUGGCGUGUGUGGCACCUCAGAAAGCAGUGAGCACAGAGCGAUGGUGUCGUCUGCGUGGCAACCUGCUCUUCUACUUCAAGUCCCGGGAUCACUGGUCGGAACCUGCUGGUGUGAUUGUGCUGGAGAAUUUUCAGGUGACGCUGGACCAAUGCACAGAGGCGCCCUUUGCCUUCAAUCUGGUGUUCGAGGGCGGCACACAGCACUGCGGGGCACUGUGUCAAGGGGAGAGAGAUGCCUGGAUCACAGCCAUCCACCAGGCGUCCUUCGCUUACAUGAGGCAGCAGGUUGAGUCUCUGCAGCAGGAGGUGGCAGCACGGCAGUCAUCCCUUCCGGCUGACAUCCACCACCACCGCAUCAACACUGGCAUCACAUUAGAGUUUGCCCCGCGUAGUGAGUGCUCCCAGACAGGUGUGCCCCGCCCUCCUGUAGAUGUCAACGAGCCGCCCUUUCUGGAGAUGUGCAUUUCCUGUGACAACCUGCGAUGUGACGGUGAUGGGCGGCCCCCCAACCCUCGUGUGAGUGUGCAGGUCCUCAACCCUCCACAGACUGCCUGGCUGCACUAUGCCCAGACUGAGGUCAUCGAGACAACUAGCAAUCCCAACUUCCUGUCGACGGUGAGUUUCCGGAAGAGUGAUGGGCUGGACUCCCAGACUCAGGUGCGGCUUGUGGUGUAUGAUGUGCGGGAGCGAGUCACCAACACCACCACACAGCUCGGCCAGGCCACGAUAAGUCUCGGGGGUCUGCACGAGACUGGCCGCUCCCGCCUGAGUCUGCUGUCACCAGCCGGCAGGAAUGUUGGCUUCAUCACCAUCAGUGCGUGGACACUUGAGGCAGAGUCUGUGGAUGCUUCCUCCCACACUCCAAGCAACGCCACGCCACACCACCAGCCUGCCCCUCCCCCUGUAGCCUGUCACCGCCGCACUCAGUCUCUGCCACCGCGCCUCAGCUCCAAGACUCGCCACCCCACCCAGGGUCACCUCAGUCUGCUUUUUGACAAUCCCACCAUGGCCACCUUCAGGUUCCAUUCUGGCUUGGGUGGGGACAUCGCUGUGCUGGAGGUCAUGGCCGAGAGCAGAUACUGCUUCUUGUUCCCUCAGCAGCUAUUGCGGCUGUGGAUGUCUGAGGAGCGGCGGUGGCAGGAGGAGCUGUCAUCACUCGGGGACCUCUCAGACCAGUGGCACACCCGGCAGAUGGCUCUCCUCAACCAGCACGUCACACUCAUCAACAUCUACAACAUGGCACUUGACACCCUGGAUGUGGCGGCGCAUUCCGGUUCAAGUUUCAAGAAGAGUACAGACAAAGGUGAGACAUCCCUGGAAAUGUCCCCCACCAACCUUCACCUGCAGAGACUCUGGGCACAGAAUGAAUCUCUCCGCCGGUCUGGCUUCUAUGAUAUUAUUACAUGUGGGAUCUUCACAGCAUUCUCACAAGGCUACAAGAAGGGAGGACUCAUUAACAUGCUGCAGAAGGCCAAGAGCUCCCGCAGGACGCCUGGGGGAGGGGAUAAGGCGUGGGCGAGUGAGGCAGCGGUGGAGGGCAUCAAGCGGCUGAGGCAGGAGGUGGUGACUCUGCUGCGCUCCCUGCUGGUGACGCUGCGGCAGGGAGAAGUGGAGACUCUCACUACCCUCCUCACCAAGCUGCAGGAGAAGACGCGCUCCUUGCUGAACGUCAUUGAGCCAUCACUGGUGGAGGAGGCAUUUGAGUUCCUGGACCAGAUCAGAGUGCCACAGAACCCGUCACGCAUCCUGACACUGGCUACCCGAACUUACUCCAACUACAAUAUAUCAGGUUACUUGAGCCCAGAAACUGCCUUAGACCUUGAGUUGAUGAGUCCUGAUGCACCAAACAUUCCAGUGUGUGGGAAUCCUGAACACAGACAGGGUGAGGCAGAAAGAACUAGUAGCAUUAUUAAAGAUAUUGAUAUUAUGGAUGCACAGGAGAAUAGCAUAUACAGACCAACUGACGAGCCUGAGCCAUGGGAUCUUAUUCAGCUGAAUGUUCAGGCGAGUAUCAUGUGCCUCUCUAGUAAGAUAAAAACCUUCUGUAACCGAAUGAAUGAAUCCAAGGAGAAAGGAAUGAGUGAGAGUGCAAGUGGAGAGUUACAGAACGAACUACAAGGCAAAGACGGCAAUGGGAAGGACACGGGACUAAACAACAAUGUAGUGAAUAGUACUGGUGAGCAAACUGACACAGCGCAUAGCCAGGUUUGCGUCACGGAGGCGCAGAACAUCACGCCGAGUCUUGCCGCUCAAACUCAGGCCAUGAUAUCCACUUCAGUUGGGUCCGACUCAAGCCAUGCCUCAGGUAAGUCCAUGUCAUCUAGUCUUGGUGUGGCGAGGACCAACGAGAGUCAAAGGUCCUCCUGCUCUGCCACCCCCGAUGUGUCUCCGUGUGAGGAGGACAGUGGCAUUGGUCUGGAGCGAGUGACAAGUGAGGUUGAAAGAACAGAUUGUAUAAGUGAUGGUGGUCUGUCUGUGGAUGAUGAGAGGAGAGAGGAACUCCUUCCACUGGACAAGACUGAGGUGAAGCGUGGGGAGCGGGAGGAACACACGGUAAACAGUGAUGUGCGUUAUGGAACUGACUCUGGGGUAAUCAAAUCUAGUAAGUUAGAGUCCAUCAUGGAGCAGAGCAUAGAAGAUCUUGGGCCAAGCCUGGAUGGGGACGUGAAAUCCAAUCAAACAUCAAGCGAUGAUGGAAUACAGUGCUCGGAAAGUGGAACUGUGAAUGAGAAGGAAUCUGGGACAACUCAGAGGAGAAACUCAAAUACCAAUAGAAAUACAGAAUGCAAUGGUGAGGAGACAAACAAAAACCAAAAUUCAACAGGUUACAAAGAUGAAAACAAGGACAAAGAACCUGCAGAAAUCACUCCAUCACACAAAGCAAAAGGUAAAAGUACCCCCGAGGAAGUGGACUGGGUGGCGGAGGUGAGGCCAAGCAUGAAGAAAUUACGGCAGGCAAUGGACGGCCUGAUGCGCACUGCUCGCCUCGUCCACAGUGUGUUCAGGCUCCAACAGACACCAGAUGCAGCACAGGCAGCUCACAACAUCAAGUACAGGAGGGACAUUUGUUUCUCCCAGGCGCUGACCACCCUUGUGACCGGCCUCAUGACCCGGCUGUGGUGCAGGAAGGCUGACCCACUCUUUGUGACUGUCCUGGCCCAUCUUGGACCUCUGGCAGAGUUUGAGUGCCUCGUCUCCUGUCACGGGAAUGAUGAAGGUAUGCUGAGUGACAUGGUGGUGGCAGUGGAGGAUCUGGGCACGGUAGAGUUUGUCAUGGUGUCUGCUGCUGGGCCCCAGAAUGGAAACAGGACCCGUAGUGAGGGCGCCACUCCUCCCCAGGUGUCCUAUGAGCUGCCGAUGCCUCACGUCUCAGGAAACAGGUGUGGGCUGAGAGUAGUGUUGCCAGUACCAGAACAUGUCUUCAGUCUGCUUCCUAACACCAGCUCUCAGCAGCCCAACGACCCGCCCACUUUCUGUGUCACCCCAGUGCUCUUCAACAUUGGAAUCAACGAGGAGGCAACGCUGGCAGAGAAGCUCGGCACGGAUGGCCCUCAGACCCGCAACAACCAGGACAGCUACGAGCGCCUCUCUCAGUAUUACCAUCGAUUCAAGAAGCUGCCCCUACCACAGGAAAGCAGCAGAAGGGUUCCAUCUAUGGGUAGUGAAGUGCCUCUGGUAGACUUGAUUGAUAAACUGGGAGUGGAAGUGAUGUCCUCGAGAAGCAAGAACCCUGCAGUGCUCUACCUGGCCGCCCAGUGCUGUCGGGCCAUGGCGGGUCUUCGCUUCACGUCCUGCAAGAGUGGUAAGGACCGGACAGGAAUGAGUGCCACACUGGAGCAAGCAAGUAUUUUGGCAGCAGAAUAUGACUUAGCGGAGACAGAAUUUCAGCGUGCUUUGAAUUGCAUGAGAAGUGAGGGCACCAGGCUGGAGAACUGCCAGAAGAAUGUCGGAUCGCGGAGAUAUGCAUUCUCCGCCAUCAACCUCACCCUAUUCCCAAAGCAGUAUCGGCCCCCAUCGGGAACCUAUGGAUCCAGUCUGACCUAGAGAUGGAAAUCACAACUUGUAUUUUUGUACACCAGUAUUUGUGUGAUUGUAUUCCCUAGUCAGUGUAUGCCAUGUGUGUGUGUGUGUGUGUGUGUGUGUGUGUGUGUGUGUGUGUGUUGACUCAGGUGUAUCCAGUGGUUAUAAUGGUUCUGUUUGUGUCUGAGAAACAGUUACAGAGAUCUUGUUUUAUGCAUUUGAUUGACUGAUUAGGAGUUAGGUCAUUUUGUGCUAAUUUAAGCAAGCAUAUAAUCAAGAUAUGACUAAAAUUUUGAAUGGCUAGUUAUCUUAGACCAUCUUUUAGCUCAUAAUGUGCAAACCAGAUAUUUAUGUUUUAUUUACAGUAGUAAUCUAUUUAAUACAUUCCAUAUUUGGACUGUGGAGGUGUGUAUGGUGUACGGUGGGACUCAUGUCUAUUGAUACAAGCACUUCAGCAAUGCAUGGAGUAAAUCUUGUUACUCAGCUGACUGUCUACCAGAUCCUGACAGAGGUGCACUUAUAGACCAUAUUCUGAAACACUUCCACACUGCACCUCCACUGCAUUCAAAAGGCUCUAUUUACAGUUACACAGGUUUUUAAGGAUGUGUUUAUGGUUCUAGUAACAGAUCAACAAGAUUUCUACUAUUAAGAGGAGAAACACUCUUGAGAACCCAGCUAAUCAUCUAUGUGGCCUUGUUAAAUAGCUGUGGUGAGACAGCAGAGUGUUUCAGAAUACAGGCCUAAGACAAAUCUUGGUGUCUCUUAUGGAACUCUCACUCACUCAGAAAUAAAACAAAAUUACCAUUUUAUUUUUAACUGGUUAUCAUUUUGAAGGGUGAUGUUUGUAUAUAUUUUGGUCAGUCACACACUUCUGUCAUUAGUACAGCAGAAAGGGAAAUAGUAAUUGUUUAAAAUGAGAUAUGUUUCAUGAGGGAAUUAUGUAGAACUGUGUUUUAUUUCAAGAUUUAAGGCUUUAUUGCUGGCUGAACUGUACUGACCUUGCUCUGUCUGAUGAAUAUUUGUUUCCAUAUUAAUGCAAAUUUUCUUUUAAGUAAGUCAUGUUAAGAAUGUUUUUUUAUGUUUUUUUAGAUUAAGUUUUAAUAUGUGUAUGUGUGUGUGUGUGUGUGUGUGUGUGUGUGUGAGGUGAGUUGAUCCAGGUAACACAAUCAGCUGUUCCUAAGACUGGAAUAUCCUUGGUGUGUUGUCAAGCAUUUGUCUCUAUAUCAAAAUUGUCAAAUUUGAAUCCUGACAGACAGUCUUGUAUAUGUAGAUAAAGUGCUUUCAAAAGUGUCAAAGAAUGCACUAUAAAUUAUUACACUGAUAAAUAUUGUAUAUAACUUAUAUAUUUAUACUUGUAUAGUGAAUAAUUCAUUAACAUUAAAAAAUGUUCAUGUAUGUACUAUAUUUGAUCAUUCACUGAGUUCCACCACAAUCGUUCAUGCAUUUUUUUCUUUUUUUAUUAUCAUGUCAUGUACAGUUGGGGUCAGAAGUCAAGUCUCCUGCAGCAAUCACUCCUCUGUGUCUGGCAUUUUCCUUCAGGAUCAGUAAUCAGGACAGGAUGAGAAUAACAGGUUCAAGUUUGAUAAGGUUGGACUGAAAAAAAAGAGAUAGAGAGAAAGUGGUUCUCAAAUAGAGUGGUAGAUAAAUGGAAUAGACUCCAUAAUCAGGCUGUUAAUGCCGAGUCAACAGGGAGCUUUUAACAAGAUUAGACGAAUUUAUGGAUGAAGAUGAUAGUGGAGAUAGGCAUGUUUUAUACAAGGACUGCCACAUGUAGGUCUGAUGGCUUCUUGCACCUUCCUUUGUUUUUCUGUUUUUUCUUGUAUUCAAUUUGAUCCAGUCUGCUGACAGUCUUACAACACAUCAGCUGAUCAUAGAGGCACCUUCAUUCUUUCAUCCCCUCUCACUGGUGAACUCUGGAAUAUUCUGCCUGUUUGUUUCUCCACCUUCCUAUGACAACUGUUUCAGGAAUAUCAUGGCGUUUCAGGAAAUGAACUGGCAUACUCACUUGACAAUCUACUUCCUACUGUAGUUUUUUAGAGUGGCAUAUUAACAGUUUUUUUGUACGUUUUUCCUCUUGGCCUGCCCACUUCAUAUGUAAAAAAAAUAUCUAUCAUCCAUUUAUAUACCAGGCUGGCAAUCCCAUGUCGGGUGGUCCAGACAAAACAUUUAAAAAAAUACAUAUAUGUACAUCCAAAAAAAAAUAGGUAGCCAAAACAAGCCACACAUCUUUCACAUUCACACUCACACCACUCUGUCAGCACCUUCGCCGCCAGGGAGAAGAGAAAGUACUCCUGCCCUCAGUGUACAGCGAUCAGCCAUACAGGAAAUGAUAAGGAAGAUCAAGGAAAAAAAAACGUGACAGGGAAGUGAUACAGAAAGUUACUUGAGUUUUGACCACAACUGUGAAUUGAUGCCUCAUGACUUACAUUGGAUCUUGUGCUGAGUGUUCUUGUUUGUGUACAUACCAGUCACCCAUCAUCACCCCCACAGCAUUAGUCCAGCACUUCAUCACACCAAUACCCUUGCCCUCAGUCAGGGGGGAAUGUACCGAUGUAAAAUUCUGCACAUUUUCUUUCUGUCGUGUGUGACGUUUGAGAUUAUCCGAAGCCUGUGUAAUUAGUAACUUCACUGAUGUCAUAUUGACUUCACUAAAACUAGUACUGUUAUGGAAACCAAUUUUUUGUACAUAAUGAAAACGUUUAACAAUUGUUGGUUUAGAUUAUGUACGCUAUUAAAGUUGUACAUUUUUAGAGUUUGACAAACAGGUUGGAUGUGUGUACGUAUGAUAUUCUUCUAUAGGAAGUGUUGUUUCAAAGUGUCAAAAAAGAAGUAUUGUGUUAACUAUUGCUACUACUAACACUCAUCAUGGGGACCUUCGCUCUUCAUGGUCCUCUUAUUGUUGUAGGUUUAAAUCAUGUUCAUCAGCAUACAGUGAACAUUUAUUUCACACUGAUCCUACUCUUCCAGUGACAAGUAUUGAGGAAAAGCUAAAUUUUACUGUAAGUUUAAUGCUGCCAGACUUACACUGUAUAUUAUUGAUGAAAGAGCUUACAAAUUACUGUAUGUAAGUUGCAUUACUUAGCUGAAGAUAUAACACAGAUCAUGUUCUCGUAACACGUUUGUUGUCACGUUAUGUAGCUAUACAAAGCUAUCAUGGUUCUUAUGAGGAUGUUGUUUUGUCUUAAAAUAAACUAUCAGGUUAUAAAGUUGUAGGUGUUAAGCAGCCAAGGCAGUGGCAUAGAAAAUGUUGCUACUCAUGUGCAGGGUUUGUUAAGGGAAGGUGAUGCAUUGGCUUGAUCUCUUACUCAUGCACAUCUUUUUUGCAUUUUGGGGUUGGGAAGUAUUUUGAUUUGGUUUUUAUUGUAUUUAUUGACUCAUUUAUUUAUUUUAUCUUAUUCAUUUAUAUAUUUAUUUUAUUUAUCUUUUUAUUUAUCUAUUUAUUUAUUUAUUUAUUAAUUAAUUAAUUUUAUUUAUUUAUUUAUUUAUUUUAUUUAUUUAUUUUUUAUUAUUUUUUAUCAUUAUUUUAUUAUUUUAUUAUUUAUUUAUUUAUUUUAUUUAUUUAUUUAUUUAUCUAUUUAUUUAUUUAUUUAUUUUAUUUUAAUUAAUUAAUUAAUUUUUUUUUACAGUGGUGGUGGUGUUUUAUAUGAGCUAAUUGUGGCUUCACUCUGUAUUACUGACAGACAAGUAAGUUAUAAUGUCAAGGCUUAAAACAAGAUUAUGCUUUCCUUCAUAUUGCCAGUGAUUGAGAGACCAAGACAAGUUGAUCAGUAAGGAAUGGUUGAAGAAUAUCUGUUACUUUGUACAUUGCAGGUUGACAAGACAGAGCUACCUGUGCAUCGUCUCCACCUAGACAAUGCUUAGAUUAUCACAUGUCUGGCCUUUUAAUCAAGGCCCAUAUUUCAAAACACUUCCGCAGCUCACCUCCACUACUUUCAAAAGGCUCAAGUUGCAGUUAGACAGGUUUUUAAGAGUAUUUCUAUGAUUCUAGUGACUGAUUAACAAUAUUUCUACAUUAUUAACAGAAGAAACACUAGUGAGAAUCUGGCUAAUUAUCUCUGUGGCCUUUGAAAAUAGACAUGGUUGGAGAGCAGAGCAUUUUUUAAUACUCACCAAGUCAGCACAGUACACUACUCUCCCAUUCCUACAAACUUGGAUCAUAAAUUAUAGUGAUACAGAUCAUUGAGGAACUCUUGCUGAGCUUUAUUGAAACUAAAGCAUAAGGAAUUAUAUUUGCAGCCACGUAGUCAUGAGUCAUUACAUUUUCUGCCUUUUUAAUUGAUUGUUAUUACAAGUCAAGCGUACCUGAUUUUCAUACCUUAUUAGCAGAAGUAGCAUGCUAUAAUACUCGCGUGUUACUCCAGAUAAAUGUAUUGACAUGAAUUGGUGUGAAUUGGUAACAUGUAUGUGUUAAUUUGUAUUGCAUUUACGUUUUCCCAAGAAUCCCACAUGAAAUACCUUAGUAAAUGUGAUUGGAACAUGAUGCCAUGCAGAACUUUUGAUCUACACGAAACAUCAGAGAGAGUGGAUGUUGUAUACUAACUUCUGUGCUCAAACAUAAGACAUAAGUUUGGUUGACAAUGAUGAUGUGUUGUUGUGAGGUGCCUGAAGAACCUCCUCCCUUGGUCACCCACUUGUUGCUCUCAUCUGUUGUGGAGCUUCUCUCCUCACCCUUGGAAACUGUCAGUCGUCGGGGUCUGUACUUUCAAACACUUCUACAUCUCAUCUUAACUAUCUUUAAGAGGCUCUAGUGGAAGGUGCACGGUUUUCAAGUGAUUUUUCAUAAUUCUGGUGAUGGUUUAUCAAGGAUUUUACAUCAGCAGUCAGAAAAGGAUCCUUGAAAACCAGACUAGUCAUCUGCAUGGCCUUUGGAAGUAGUUGUUAUGAGAGAGGGUGCUCCAUAAUACUGGCCCUGGCUGCUUACAACCCAAUAAAAAGUUGUUAAUUGUUAGUGUAGUAGCAGCCUCUGCAUAAACUAAUAUAUAAAGAUAAACUUGUAAUAUUUCUGCUAUUUUUCUAGAUACUUCAUGUUUAAAGAAAAUAAAAAAAAAGACCGGUG